CGCGGCCCGGAUAGUAGCCGUGAGCAUGGACCUGGGCUAGGGUUACCCACAAUACAGUGUCCACAGCGGGGACCUGAGCCAGGAACGGGUGAAUACCCCGAGGACAAGAACUGCCCCGGAUUCUGUCAAGCGACGCUGGGCCCCCCUGGUCGCCAAUUCAAAGCAGCGAAUCCCUUGUUUGGGCGGCGGCCAUUUGCUAAGAGAUCGGCGGUGCGGAGGGCUCAAAACAGAGACCAAGGAAAGAGUGUGUCCAUUGAAGCCGUUUUUUUUUUUUUUUGCCUGAUCAAGCGGGUCAUCUUAUCCAUACUGUCCUCUGGGAGGGGGACUGGAUUAAUGGGCGGGGGGAGAUGAGGUGGUUUCACUUGGUUGGAGGAAGAUCCUCUGUGCCGGGAUUUACGCAUUUUUGCCUCUGCCCGGCCUGUUGCCCCGUAUUUCCCGCGACUCUGAGAAUUUGGUUGGCCUGGGGAGGGAAUAUUGAACCGUUCGCAAAGGUCGGUCAAGUCUUGGGUGAGGUCCGAGUUGGGAUGACUUUUGGUCGAGAAGGCUCUUUUUUUCCUUCUUUUUUUUUUUAUACCCUCUCUUAUAUUCUUUUUCUUUCUUUUUUCUCCUUCACUUGCAGCCCCUCUCUGUUCUGCUUUCCAGUUCGACCACUGACCGGCAACUUCAAGGAGCCUCCCCGGCUCACCGGUGCUAUUCUCGGCGGGGUCCAUCCAGGGCCCCUUCAUGGUUCUUGGUGCGAACAUGAACCAAUUGGCACUUCCGCGACUCCAUUGCCUGUCCAGGGGCCCUGGUCCUGGCUAUGGGUCGAGUACAACGUACGGAGACGCAGGAACCGCAGUUCAGACCGGGAUGGGAGACUUCGAGAAGGUUUCAUGCUCUCUUGCUCUCUCCCUUUCUCUCACUCUCCCUAUCAUUCCAUUCCUACUCUGUACACACUUCGUACGAAGUACACAUGAUUGCUGGAACCAAACUCGGCACAGUCCAAUUUCAGAUGUGAGGGCCCCCAUUCAGUACGUUGCACGUUGCACGUUGCAAUAACAGGACGGACUCACUUCUCGGAAGGAGGACAGCCCGUGUUUCCAGAAUCCAGUCUAUCGGAAGUCGCAUGGACAUUCACCAAAGCCUCGAUAAUAAGUAAUCCUGCCCUUACGGGAGUAAUCAAUGACGAGCUACCUCGAUCAUACCCAUCCCCAUGACAUGACCGCU